AUGGCAUCAAAAUCCAAACUCAUCGCUAUCGUUGCUGGUGUCGGUCCCGGAACCGGCGCCUCCGUCGCCCGCAAAUUCAGCCAAACCUACCCCGUCGUGCUCCUCGCCCGCACCCCCGAAUCCUUCUCUUCUCUCGCUGAAGAGAUAAACAAGUCCGGCGGUCACGCCCUCGGCAUAGCCACAGACGUGUCCUCCGCCCAAUCCCUAUCCUCUUCCCUCUCCAAGAUAAAAAGUGCUUUUCUCACAGACGUUCUUGCCGUUGUUGCUCAAGGGUGUGGAGAGGGGGAGUGA